CACGCACGCCCGCCGCUUACAUGCAGGCACGCGCACACCGCGCACUGCACACACGUCGGCGGUCUCGCUCAAUCAAGAUCGUGUCGUCAAACUCCCGACAACGCCCGCAACACGAUUGCCACGAUGAAUAGCGUGCAAAUCUACGGAACCGUGUUCGUCAUGGCGAUGCUGAUGAAGGUCGCUCGUGCCGCUUCCUCGAAGGGCGUCGAAUGUCGAGCGAGAAGCACGCCGCAGUACUUGGCCGACCCGUGGGACUGCAGCCGAUACUACAUCUGCCUUUCCGGCGUUGCCACGAAUAUGCACUGCGGUACCGGCCUGCACUGGAACAUCGAGAACAAAUCCUGCGACUGGCCGUACAAGGCGAAGUGCGGGAAAAAGCACGCGCCGUCGUCGUCGUCGGCAGACGACAGCAAGGCCAGCAUGACGUCACAAGUGUGGAAUCGACGCGCAGCGCUAAACAUAAAACCGUCAACUCCAUUUUCUUAUGGAUGGCAUUUGAAACGGGUUGAAACCAAAUCAAUGGUCUCUUCCUUGAGAAGGCGAACGAACAAGAGCAACACUUCAUCUUCAGAAUCUGCUAAGAGGAAAGAAUCGCACGGCGCCGUUGCAACCGACCCGGAAAUGGAUGCGACGGAAGCUCUGCUUCCGUGUCAGCAGGGGGUCAAUUGCACGCUGCCCGACUGUUACUGCGGCGGUACGAGAAUCCCUGGCGGGCUGCCGCUGCGCAGCACGCCCCAACUCGUCAUGAUCACCUUCGAUGACGCUGUCACGCUGCACGACUACAACAACGUGUUCAAACCGCUCUUUACCAGAACUAAUCCUAACGGUUGCCCAAUCAGAGGAACCUUCUAUGUAUCGCACCAGUACACCGACUACACAUUGGUCAACAAACUCUGGGUCGAAGGUCACGAGAUUGCGUCGCAUUCGAUCAGACGAUUCUUGCCUCUUCAAACGACGACAAAAAACGCCAUCGACUCUCCUUCGCAGGUGAGCAAAGAGCACAUCCGCGGCAUGCGAGCGCCAUACCUGGCGAUCAACGGUGACGUCACAUUCAGCAUGAUGCACGAGCAGGGCUUCACUUACGACUCGUCAAUGCCCGUGCACGACACCGACGUUCCCAGCUGGCCUUACACGAUGGACUUCGGCACGCGCUACAGCUGCACGAUCCAGCCGUGCCCGAAGGAGCACUACCCGGGCAUCUGGGAGCUGCCGAUGAACCAGCUUCGCGGGCAGUACGGCUUCUCGUGCCCGAUGGUCGACGGCUGCCCGCGACCGGCGAACAAGCGGCAGGCGUACGAGUUCAUCGUCGAGAACUUCCAUCGUCACUACGACACGAAUCGCGCGCCGAUGCUGCUCGCCUUCCACGCCGGCUGGCUGCGUACGCCCGACUUCAUGAAGGCGCUCGAGCAGUUCCUCGACGAGAUUCUAUCGAUGGGCGACGUCUGGGUCGUCACGGCCGACAGCGUCAUCGACUGGAUGCGAACGCCGACGCCCGUCGGCAAGCUGGCGAAUUUCGCGCCGUUCGCGUGCGCGCGCUCGCGGCCGGACCGAUGUCCGAGCGACGGUCAGACGACGUGCCCGUACGUCGUCGGACUCGACACGUACUACGUGAAGAUGUGCAAGGGUCCUUGCCCGAGCGAGUAUCCGUGGGUCGGGUCGCCGAGCGGAGAGAAGUGUUCGUAUCGAUGCGAGUUCACGGCGAUCAUUAAGGAGAGGAACCGACUACUGAACGAGAUGAGACAGCGGGCGCGAGGGUGAGAGGCAGAGAGAGAGGGAGAGAGAGAGAACGAGAGAGAGAGAGAGAGAGACACAGAGAGAAAGAAAGAGAG